AUGGUCCCGGUUCUUACCUUGGGCGUCCUGCUAAUGGCCAGUGCCAUGCCCGUAAAUCUCGCCGACCGAGUCCCGGCAUUUGACGUCCCGACGUUUGACUACGAAACUCUUCCACUAGGAAACACACCCCACGACGUCCUCGACGCCCUCAAGAAGGACGGCAUCAUCAGUAUCGACAAUGUCCCGUCCUACGCCCAAGUGCGCCGCUCCUACCUCGAAGUGGCCGCCGCGUGCGCCGUGUCCGCUGAAGAGGUCAACGCCGAGUUCCUGCUGCACAACACGCUGAAAGAUGGCACGAAGCGCUACACCAUCAGCACGGCGUCUGGUCAAGAUGCCAAUACCGCAUCUACCAGGACCGAUGCGGUGUGUCCAGGGUACCAGCACGUCUACAAUGCGUUUUCGUCGCUGCUCGAGCUGGUGGUACUUCACGUCGCGACAACGCUGGACGCCACCGACUUCACCACGAAAGACGGGUACGGCCAAACCAUCUCGACCCGCAAACUCGUGACAGACGCCGUCCGUCUCGACCACUUCCACGCCUAUCAAGCGACAUCGCAAAGUGAGAGAAGACGUCUGAGCACGACUUCCGCCACCUCUUCGUCCAAGGACGACGACUACACGGUCGAGCUGCAUGAAGACAACGGUAUGUUCAUCGUGUUCGCGACUCCUGCUUUCUACAAGGUGAGCAACAACGGCACGAGACGGACGUUCGAGACCGUGUCGGCCAGUGGCGAGGACGACUCCGAGUCGGGUCUGAUCAUCCAGACGCACGACGGGCAGCGCGUGCGGCCCGUGCUGAAGCCAGACCAGGUGACGCUCAUGCUGGGCACGGGCUACAACCUGUGGGUUCAAGCGUCGCACCAGCUCCCAGCUGUGAUGCACGCCGUGCGCAUGCCUGAGGUCGAAUCGACGUCGACGCAGCGAGUGCUACGCGCGUGGUUUGGCAAGAUGACGUUGUUACCGUCGUAUCAUCGCAUGCUGAAGGCAUCGAUGGACUUUGACAUGCACGCGAAUGUGACUGCGCAGUACGUGCAAAGCGGGCACCAGUCCGACCAUCCCGUGGUGGGCUGCUCUCCGGGUCGCCGCCUGGUCGCGUCUGUGGAUGGAGGCGUAUGCAACUACAAGUCAUGCAAGCCGAGACAAGGCGUCAAUGAGCCCCAACCAGGUUGUGCCGUUGUCUGCAACAGCGAACAUUUUAAAGCGGAGGUUUGUGCAGAGAGUUGCACAUGUACUCCUGAUCCUGCUUCUCAUGCAACGAUCUGCUGGCACACGUGUGUGAAAGACCUGGUUUGCCAAAGCAAUAAGCAGAAGUGUGCGGUGAUGGGCAAGGCGUGUGUGCGGUAA